AUGGAGACCCAAAUAGUCGAUGACGGUAGUAAUAUGGAACGAAGAUUUUCAGGAAGAGAACGUCCACUUAAAGUUGAAUUUGAACAAGAAAGUGUUAUCGUUACAGCAAUGGAUGAUAUUUUCAAUCUCAACUCAGUGCUGACAUUUGCGGUGUUUGUUGGAUUAUCUCAGGCAUCUCCAGGCGCCCGCAGCCUGGAGAAUCGCGAUGACUGUAACGCUGGUCCAGGGGUAGCUAAAAUGCUGAUUGUGUACGAGGUUUUGGCCUUCUCUUUUUUCCUUUUCUCAAGCCUUUUCGCCAAAUUAAUUAAGCUAAACUUACGCCUGCAAAGCCGAAGAUUUAGCUUCGUCAGAGCUCCAGCUUUCAGUUUGAAGGACUAUAUGUGGAUCUUGACAGCAAUGACAUCUGUGAUUGGAAUCGUUUUGCUUAUGCUUUCGGUAGUGAAUUUAGUUCAAAUUCAAAUAGGUCUGUAUUCUUGUGGGAGUACUGAAGCGAGGAUAGCCAUUUGGGGUGUCUGCACAAUUGUUGGCAGUGCUUUGAUAACUUAUGUGCUGUCUGUGUGUGUAGGUAUUGUUGGACUCUAUGCUCAGAAUAUAGAAGCUCAAAUGUUUGAAGAAGUCUAA